AUACAAUGCUUACACUGCCGUGAAUACCAUCGUGUUCACGACGUUUUAAAUAUCCGGGUUUUUUAAAGAAUUAUUUCAUAUUUGUUAAAGAGUUAAGUUUCUAAGAAUUAAUUAAUUGUUUUCGAUAAAAAGUGAUAAGAAAAUUUUAAUACUUGUUAUAUUUUGUUAAAUGCGUGUACAUGUUUUUUAACAUGGCACCAGCCCCAAUACGUGAAAAAUGCUUUUUACUGCUUGAGGAUGGGACGAUUCUUUCGGGAGAACAUUUCGGUGCCAAAAAACCGGUUAAUGGCGAAGUUGUUUUUCAAACUGGAAUGGUAGGAUAUCCAGAAUCUUUAACAGAUCCAAGUUACCAUUCACAAAUUCUAGUGCUUACAUAUCCAAUAAUCGGUAAUUAUGGUGUUCCAGGAGAUCAAAAAGAUGAAAAUGGUUUGCCAUAUUGGUUCGAGUCAAACCGAAUUUGGGCAACAGGAUUGGUCGUGGGUGAAUACUGCGACUACCCAAGCCAUUGGCGAAAUUCAAAAACUUUAUCCAAAUGGAUGGAACAAGAGGGAAUUGUGGGUAUCUCCGGAAUUGAUACAAGAUCGUUAACUCAGAUAAUUCGAGAAAAAGGAACGAUUUUGGGUAAAAUAAUAUUUCAACUGCCGAAUAGUCACGAAUUAUUUGUCGAUCCCAACCUAACAAAUUUAGUGGAGGAUGUUUCUGUUAAAGAAGUUGUAACAUACAAUCCAAACGGAUCUCCGCGUAUCUGCGUAGUGGAUUGUGGAUUAAAAUUCAAUCAACUCCGGUGUUUAAUUAAAAGAGGGGCUAGGGUAGAUGUUGUUCCUUGGAAUCAUAAAUUAAAUGUUGAUGAUUAUGAUGGUCUUUUCUUAAGCAACGGCCCCGGUGAUCCAUCUAUGUGCAACAUUACAAUUGAAAAUCUAAAAUUUAUCGUUAAUGGAUCAAAAAUUAAACCAAUUUUUGGAAUCUGCCUAGGACAUCAAUUGUUAUCAUCAGCUAUAGGCUGUAAAACAUACAAAAUGCGUUAUGGCAACCGUGGACAUAAUUUACCUUGCAUUCACACAGACACCGGAAGAUGUUAUACAACAUCUCAAAAUCAUGGAUUUGCAGUAAAUUCAGAUAAUUUACCCGCCGGUUGGAAGGUUCUUUUUUACAAUGCAAACGAUAAAACAAACGAGGGUAUAAUUCACGAAUCCUUGCCAUACUUCAGUGUUCAAUUUCAUCCUGAACAUACUGCUGGACCUGAAGAUUUAGAAUGCCUUUUCGAUGUUUUCAUAGAAACCACUCGAUUAUAUCUUUCAUCAUCGUUCGUUAAUAUUAAAGAUCACCUUACAAAAACGUUAAGAUACGAUCCUGUUUAUCAACUGAUUAAUGAUCAUCCUAGAAAAGUAUUAAUAAUUGGUUCUGGUGGGUUAUCCAUCGGUCAAGCUGGUGAAUUUGAUUAUUCUGGGUCGCAAGCAAUAAAAGCAUUAAAAGAAGAAAACAUUAAAACGGUAUUGAUUAAUCCUAAUAUUGCGACUGUUCAAACAUCGAAAGGAUUAGCGGAUAAAGUCUAUUUUUUGCCAUUAGUGCCUGAAUACGUCGAGCAAGUAAUCAAAGCUGAAAGACCUGGAGGUGUUCUUUUAACUUUUGGUGGUCAAACAGCAUUAAAUUGCGGGGUGGAACUCCAACGAUUCGGUGUUUUUGAAAAGUACGGUGUAAAAAUUCUUGGAACUCCAAUUCAAGCUAUAAUUGACACAGAAGAUAGAAAAAUAUUCAGUGAAAGAAUAGCUGCGAUUGGCGAGAAAGUAGCUCCUAGUUUAGCUGCGUUCUCUGUACAAGAAGCUCUAGAUGCAGCUGAUAAACUUGGUUAUCCAGUUAUGGCGAGAGCGGCGUUUUCGUUAGGAGGAUUAGGAUCUGGUUUUGCAGACAAUAAAGACGAACUGAAAUUAUUGGCAACUCAGGCAUUAGCUCACUCUAGCCAAUUAAUUAUUGAUAAAUCUUUAAAAGGAUGGAAAGAGGUUGAAUAUGAAGUUGUUAGAGAUGCUUACGAUAAUUGCAUUACCGUUUGCAACAUGGAAAAUGUUGAUCCUUUAGGGAUCCAUACUGGAGAAUCAAUUGUUGUAGCUCCCAGCCAAACAUUAUCAAACAAAGAAUACAACAUGUUGAGAACAACGGCGAUUAAAGUUAUUAGACACCUUGGGAUUGUUGGUGAAUGCAAUAUUCAAUACGCUUUAAAUCCUAACUCAGAAGAGUUCUAUAUUAUUGAAGUUAACGCGAGAUUAUCGAGAAGUUCAGCUUUGGCGAGUAAAGCUACCGGAUAUCCUUUAGCUUAUGUUGCUGCGAAAUUAGGUUUGGGUAUUCCUCUUCCAAAAAUAAAGAAUUCCGUUACUGGAGUUACUACAGCAUGCUUUGAACCAAGUUUGGACUAUUGCGUUGUAAAAAUGCCUCGUUGGGAUCUUAGCAAAUUUUCGAGAGUGAGUACAAAAAUUGGUAGUUCAAUGAAAAGUGUUGGGGAAGUUAUGGCAAUUGGGCGAAGUUUUGAAGAAGCGUUCCAAAAAGCUUUACGAAUGGUUGACGAAUCAGUGGCUGGAUUCGAUCCUUAUUUAAAAAAGGUUUGCGAUGAAGAACUUAAAGAACCUACGGAUAAACGUAUGUUUGUUGUGGCUGCUGCUUUAAAGAGUGGUUAUUCUGUUGAUAAGUUGUACGAUUUAACAAAAAUAGAUAGAUGGUUCUUACAAAAAAUGAAAAAUAUUAUUGAUUAUUUUACCGUUUUGGAAUCAUUUGGUAGGAAUUCAUUGGAACACGAUAUCUUAGUAAAAGCCAAACAAAUGGGGUUUUCUGAUAAACAAAUCGCAUCUGCUGUUAAAAGCACUGAACUUGCUGUUAGAACUAGAAGAAUGGAACAGAAAAUAUUGCCGUUCGUAAAACAAAUUGAUACAGUUGCCGCUGAAUGGCCAGCAAGUACAAAUUAUUUAUAUUUAACAUACUGCGCAAAAACCCACGAUAUUAAAUUUGAUGAGCAACACGUGAUGGUCAUCGGUUCUGGUGUUUAUCGAAUUGGAAGUUCAGUUGAAUUUGAUUGGUGUGCUGUAGGGUGUUUAAGAGAACUUAGAAAUUUACAUAAAAAGACUAUUAUGGUUAAUUAUAAUCCAGAAACGGUCAGUACAGAUUACGAUAUGUCGGAUAGACUUUAUUUUGAAGAAAUAUCGUUUGAAGUUGUCAUGGACAUUUAUAAUUUAGAAAAUCCUACGGGAAUUAUUUUGUCAAUGGGUGGUCAAUUACCCAAUAAUAUCGCAAUGGAUCUUCAUAGACAACAAGCAAGAAUCUUAGGAACCUCACCAGACUCAAUAGACGGCGCAGAAAAUAGAUUCAAAUUUUCAAGAAUGCUCGAUCGCAUCGGAAUUCUCCAACCGCGUUGGAAAGAACUUACAAAUUUAAAAUCUGCGAUUGAAUUUUGCGAAGAAGUUGGUUAUCCAUGCCUAGUUCGACCAUCUUACGUUUUAAGUGGUGCCGCAAUGAAUGUUGCUCAUUCAAACCAAGAUUUAGAAACUUAUCUAAACGCUGCGAGUACAGUAAGCAAAGAAUAUCCAGUUGUAAUUUCAAAAUUCAUCUUGGAAUCGAAAGAGAUUGACGUUGACGCUGUUGCUUGCGAUGGGAUAAUUUUAUGUAUGGCCGUUUCAGAACACGUCGAAAACGCGGGGGUUCACUCGGGAGAUGCUUCUUUAGUUACUCCACCGCAAGAUAUAAAUCCAGAAACCUUAGCAAAAAUUAAAAUUAUUUGCAAAGCAAUCGCUGCAUCAUUGGAAGUUACCGGCCCAUUUAAUAUGCAAUUAAUAGCUAAAGAUAAUAUGCUCAAAGUAAUCGAGUGUAAUGUAAGAGUUUCAAGAUCUUUCCCCUUUGUCUCAAAAACUUUAAAUCAUGAUUUUGUGGCUAUGGCCACCAGAGUAAUCGUCGGAGAGACGGUUGAACCGGUUGAUGUUUUGGGUGGAUGUGGAAAAGUUGGCGUAAAAGUUCCACAAUUUUCAUUCUCAAGAUUAGCGGGCGCCGAUUUUAUGCUUGGAGUUGAAAUGGCAUCUACCGGAGAAGUUGCUUGUUUUGGCGAUAAUAGAUACGAGGCGUAUUUAAAGGCAAUGAUGAGUACCGGAUUUAGUAUCCCUCAAAAAUCGAUUCUUUUAUCAAUUGGAAGUUUUAAGCACAAAGUAGAAUUACUGCCAAGUAUGAGAGCUCUUCAAAAAAUGGGAUAUAAAUUGUACGCCAGUUUAGGAACAGCAGAUUUUUAUAAUGAGCAUGGAGUUGAAGUUGAAUCCGUUCAAUGGACAUUCGACAGCAUAGAUGACAUUACCAGCCAAGGAGAAUUAAAACCAUUAGCCGAAUUCCUUUCAAAAAAACAAUUCGAUUUAGUAAUUAACUUACCAAUGCGCAAUGGUGGUGCAAGACGUGUUUCGUCCUUCAUGACUCACGGUUACAGAACUAGGCGAUUAGCCAUCGAUUAUUCUAUUCCUUUAGUAACUGACGUAAAGUGUACAAAGUUGUUGGUAGAGGCUUUGAGAUUAAUAGGAAAAGAAGCUCCGCUAAUGAAAACUCACUGCGAUUGUAUGACUUCUAAACAAUUAAUAAAACUUCCUGGUUUAAUCGACAUGCAUGUUCAUGUUAGGGAACCUGGGGCUACUUAUAAAGAGGAUUUCGAAAGCUGUACAGCAGCGGCUUUAGCAGGGGGAAUAACAUUAAUUGGAGCAAUGCCGAAUACAAAUCCGGCGAUUGUAGAUACCGCGUCUUUCCAAUUAGCUAAAAAGAUUGCAAAAGAACACUCGAGAUGCGAUUAUGCUUUAUACGUUGGUGCCUCAUCUGAUAAUUUUAAUACAAUCAAUGAGUUAGCGCUAGAUGCGGCUGCUUUAAAAAUGUAUUUGAACGAAACAUUCACCACUUUACGAUUAAAUGAUGUCUCGAUAUGGAUGAAGCAUUUAACUAACUGGCCGAAAAGAUCUCCUUUGUGUGUUCACGCCGAAGGAAGUACUACAGCUAUGGUUCUACUGUUGGCUAAUUCUUGUAAUAGACCAAUACAUGUUUGUCACAUUGCAAGAAAAGAAGAAAUUCUUAUAAUAAAAGCUGCGAAAGAAAAAGGGUUGAAAGUUACUUGCGAGGUUUGUCCCCAUCAUUUAUUUUUGUCAACUGAAGAUAUCCCGAAAUUGGGCAGUAAAAGUGAAGUGCGACCAGUUUUGUGUACCUUAGAAGAUCAACAAGCUUUAUGGGAUAAUAUGAAUAUAAUUGAUUGUUUUGCAACUGAUCAUGCUCCACACACUAUAGAAGAAAAGACUGCUAAAAAACCGUUACCUGGAUUUCCAGGAUUAGAAACUAUCGUGCCAUUACUUCUUAAUGCUGUUAACGAAGGAAGGUUGACCAUCGAAGAUAUUAUCAAUAAGAUGUAUAAAAAUCCAAGAAAAAUCUUUAAUUUGCCCGAUCAACCAAACACUUACAUCGAAGUUGAUUUAAACGAAGAAUGGACAAUUCCCGAAGCCAUGACUUACAGUAAAUGCAAAUGGACUCCGUUUGCUGGUAAAAAAAUUAAAGGAGCUAUCCAUAGAGUUAUUUUAAGAGGAGAAGUUGCAUAUGUUGAUGGUCAAGUAUUAAUACAACCAGGUUAUGGGCAAAACAUUCGAGAAUGUGAUCUAAGAAAACCGAUUAUUACGUUAUCAUUGGAUACAAGCAGACCUUCUUCCGGAUUUGAUCGCCCAAUCUCGCCGGCUGAAAGCGAUGGUCAUACCAACGAAAUGUUCUCCAGACUUCUUUCAGAUCCAGCAAGUCGCGUUCACUUCGCCAGUGAUGAUAACCGAAUGCACAAUAAUAUUUCACCAAUUCCAUUACCAUUCCCUCGUAUAAGAACAGAAAGUUUCUCCAACCAACAUUCUUCCGACAAUGCUCCCCAAACACACAGUCAUGGAUUAACAGGAAAGUGUAUACUAGAUGUCGACAUGUUCAGCAAAGAUCAACUAAACGAUCUUUUUAAUCUUGCUCAAACCUUUAGAGUAUAUGUGAGCAAAGAUCGACAUUUGGAUCAUAUACUUAAAGGAAAAAUCAUGGCGUCUAUGUUUUACGAAGUUAGCACAAGAACUUGUUGUAGUUUUUCUGCGGCUAUGCAAAGAUUGGGAGGUGGUGUUAUUUACAUGGACGAAACUUCUUCUUCUGUGAAAAAAGGUGAAAGUCUCGAAGACUCUGUUGCUACUAUGGCGGGGUAUGCCGAUGUAGUCGUUUUAAGACAUCCUGUUCCAGGAUCAGUUAAGAAAGCAGCCGCUCAUUGUCGUAAGCCAUUAAUAAAUGCUGGCGAUGGUGUUGGAGAACAUCCAACUCAAGCUUUAUUGGAUGUUUUUACAAUUCGCGAAGAAAUCGGUACUGUAAAUGGUUUGACAAUCAGUUUAGUAGGAGAUUUAAAAAAUGGUAGAACCGUACAUUCUUUGGCUCGUCUACUCACGUUGUACAACGUUCAAUUGCGUUACGUUAGUCCGCCGAAUUUAAAAAUGCCUAAGCAUAUUGUAGACUUUGUCGGCUCUAAAAGAAUCCCGCAAGAGGAGCAUGACAACCUUGAAUCCGUUUUACCUGAUACAGAUGUUUUGUACAUGACACGAAUUCAACGAGAGCGAUUCGAGAGUCAAGAAGAAUAUGAUAAGGCUUGCGGCCAUUUCAUCGUCACACCUCAAUUAAUGACCAGAGCAAAAAGACGUAUGGUGGUUCUACAUCCGUUUCCAAGAGUAUUCGAAAUUAGCCCGGAAUUUGAUUCGGAUCCCAGAGCUGCUUAUUUCCGACAAGCUGAGUAUGGUUUGUUUGUUCGUAUGGCGAUAUUGGCCAUGGUUCUUGGAAGGUGCUAAUAAUUCAUUAUUGUUUUAAGAUGGAUUUUAUUUUAUAUGGGAACAAAAAAAAUCAAUAAAGUAGUUUAAGCUAAAA